AUGCAAGAGGAAGCAUAUUUAGGAGGGGCAAUGGCAUCGCUAGCGGCACUUCGUGCUGUGGACGAAAAGUUGCGUCAAAGCAGUCAAGUAAAGCUUAUUACAUUCGGGCAGCCACGUGUCGGCGACUUUUAUCUUUCAAGGCAUAUCAAUGAUGUCAUCCCAUACAGGUUCAACUUUCGCGGUGAUAAUUUCAGCUUUCGAGUUGUUAAUCAAAUGGAUAUUGUGGCGCAUUUGCCAGCUUGCCAAAAAGAUGAGAGCUACCCGGAGAAAAGCAAGCCCUGUCUGGGUAAAAACAAAGACUAUGCGUACCAUCACGGCACUGAAAUUUGGCUCGUUCAUUUCUUUAUUUUUUUUUUUUUUUGUUUUUCUCAUUCUCAAGAAUUAUGGAAUUUUAGAGCUAAUUCGCAGAAGUCAAUUACUUUUUAA